AAGGGAGCGAGAGGGAUCGAAGGUACACCGUGCCGACGGAGUGGGGCUCCGAGUUUCGCCGGCGAUCCCAUGGCGGUGUAGUGGGGACGCGAGAGACGACUAACCACGAGGGGUUGCGGAGGGAACGAGCGCGCGGACGAGCGGUUAUUUCAAGCGACGGCUCUUCUGGCACUUCGCCCCGAGCUUUCCUCCUCGUGCUGCACAUCCUCCUCUCUCGGGCCCGCGAGUAGUGCCAGAGUCCCGUCAGUGUCGCCGCCGCGACGACGGCAGCCUCCUCGACGAGACGACAGACCAGAGGGACAGAGAAAGAGAGAGAGAGAUAGAGAGAGAAAGCAAGAGCCAGUCAGAGCGCAGCGAGUAUCGCGAGUGGCCGGCCGGAAGGACGGACGCGUGUUUUCGGAGCGAUCUGUUUUGACGGCGACACGCGCUCGUUGUCAGGAAGCCGCUACCGGAGGGGUCGGUCGGUCGAUCGAUCGAUCGAUCCUGCGCGCGUAAUUUCGAACUUCAGUGACACGCGGCAGUGACGAUCAAGCCGGCGAAACGGCUUCGAGGGUGUGACAGUCUUGGUGUGUCUCAGUGAAUGGACCUUGCGUGCACGGUGAUAAGAUCGGGGAGAGCCGCGAGAACCGGAGGAACGUUGUGUACGGGAAUUUCAUACGAGAGAAAGAGGAAAACAGGGGAAGACUUCGAAGGAGAGAGUACCGUCGCCGGGAAAUCGCGCGAGUUCCGAGUGGACGGAAGCGAGGGGAAACCUUGGAGAGACUGGAGGAUGGAAGCCGCGUGGAAAAGAGCGAAGGAGGAUCUAUAACGACGCGCCGCCGUCGCCGCCGACCGGCCUGAAAUAACAGCGGGAAUACGUGCACAGUGAAUCAGCUCUCGUUCGUUCGGUCGUUCGUUAGUUCGUUCGUUUCGUGGUGCAGCGCGACUCUCCUCUUGGAGCAGUGACUGGAGCGAAGGGAGCUUCGUUCAAGCCACCCCUCUUCUGUACCUGUGAACUCUGCGUUGAUCUCGGGGUUCAGUGCGCGCGAUCAACGACACAGGCUCUAUCCAGAGAGAGAGAGAGAGAGAGAGAGAGAGAGAGAGAGAGAGAGGACCCGGGGGUUCCCGAGAGAGAUUGGGAGAGAGGAGAAAGAGCGGAUUGAGAAAAGCCAGAAACGCCAGAGGCACGUCGGCGACGAGGGAGAGGAAGGCGACGUGAAGAAGGGACAAGAGGGGUGUUUUCGAGCCGGAGGAGACUUUCUCGGAAAGGAGUUCGCGAGCGUGGCAAUAUCGAAGUCCCCAAUGCCACGAUCACACUAGCUGCACAUACCCGGUGUCGAACGAAUCGAAAUGGCGAUGUGGGUCUACCCUGUUCUCCUGAUGCUCCUCGAGAUCCUGGAUGCCGGACUAGCGCGAGUUGCUCGGCUAGAAAAGACGAUUAAUCCCGACAUCGCGGUGACCACGGGCGACAAGCUCAACCUACGUUGUUUGCCAAACCUCAACGGCGAGACGACGUGGUACAAGGACGGCGUACAGUUGCAGCGGUCCUCCGCGAGGAUGAAAGUGAUCAAGCACACGUUGAAGAUAAAAUACGUCGACGCGGCAGACACCGGCGUCUACGCUUGCAGACUGGAGUCGUCCGACAGUAUCGAGUGGCGUAACGUAACCGUUCGCGUGGAAUCGCCACAAAACGACAGCUUCCAGGGUGGCGAGGGUGAAGAGACGAGCGGCGCGAUGGACACGCUCAGGCCGGAGGACGAGACCAACGAUCUGGAGAUCGAAACAAGAAACUUGCCCGAGACGCGGUCGUUACGCCUCGAGAGCGACAAGAUCGACGCGGAACUGGAAAACGAGAAGGCCGAGAACGACACGGUAGACGAACACAACAACACGACGUUGGAGAGUUCGCCCAUGUUCAACAAGAGCGACGAGAUGCUCGUCGCGGUGGUGAAGCCCGCUGGCAACAUGCUGCGACUGAGGUGUCCGAGCGUCGGCAAUCCCAGGCCGAACAUCACCUGGCUGAAGAACAACGAGGAGCCACGGCGGGACCUCGGCACCGUCAUAAGAACCAAGUGGACCCUGAGGUUGGAGGAUCUCGUGCCGAAGGACAGCGGAAAUUACACGUGCAUCGUGUGCAAUCAUCUGGGAUGCAUCAACCAUACCUUCAAGGUCGACAUAUUAGAGACAGUGAUGCACCGACCGAUCCUGACGAGGGCCCCGCGAAACCAAACAGUGCUUAUCGGCAGCAAUGUUAGUAUGGUCUGCGAAGUGUUGUCUGACGCGCAUCGUCAUCUCGAGUGGUACCACGGUUACCAUACCUCUUUCGACACCGUCAACAAAACCAAUCAGAGCUUACGGGUGGAGGUCAAGACAGGAGCGGAUCCGGUUAUGCUAAAGCUGUACAAUGUCACCGAGAAGGAUGAGGGAUGGUACACGUGUAUCGCCCAGAAUGCGCUCGGGGAGACGUUCAGCAGCGCAUAUCUUCGCGUCGUCGAAACGUUGGACGAGCAGAAAAUACCGCUAACCGCGAGGCCGCAGGUCCUGGUGAACGUCCUGGCGGCCGUCCUCUGCGUGUUCUUCGCCCUGGGCGUCAUAGUGGUGAUAUACAUUUUCCACCGACUGAAACGCGAGAAGAUGAAGAAGCUGCUCGCCAUCGAAACGGCGCGCGCUGCGGUCGUCACGCAGUGGACGAAAAAGGUGAUCGUGGAGAAGCAGAACUUGGUGAACGCGCAGAACAUCGAGGACUCGUUGCUGAUGCCGGUGGUGAAGAUCGAGAAGCAGAAGUCCACCGUGAUCGCCGAGGAAAACAGCGGCGACAACGUGUCCGAGUACGAGUUGCCGUUGGACAGCGCCUGGGAACUGCCGAGGGAGCAUUUUGUGCUAGGUGAGACAUUGGGCGAGGGAGCCUUCGGCAAAGUCAUCAGGGCUGAGACGAGCACCGGCAGAUCCGGUAUACCCAACGUCGUGGCUGUAAAAAUGCUGAAAGAGGGCCACACAGAUACUGAGAUGAUGGACUUGGUUUCCGAGAUGGAGAUGAUGAAGAUGAUCGGUAAGCACGUAAACAUCAUCAAUCUGUUAGGCGCCUGCACGCAAAAUGGCCCGCUGUUCGUCGUGGUGGAGUUCGCGCCUCACGGUAACCUGCGAGACUUCCUGCGCAACCACAGACCCUCCUCAGGGUAUGAGCCGGCCAUCGGGCAGGAGCGGAAGACGCUCACGCAGAAGGACCUGGUCUCGUUCGCCUACCAAGUGGCACGAGGGAUGGAGUACUUGGCCAGCAGGAGGUGCAUACACAGGGACUUGGCCGCCAGAAAUGUCCUCGUCAGCGACGAGUACGUGCUGAAGAUCGCCGAUUUCGGCCUCGCCAGGGAUAUUCACAACCACGACUACUACAGGAAAAGAACGGACGGUCGGCUACCGGUGAAAUGGAUGGCGCCGGAAGCCCUCUUCCACCGCGUUUACACCACUCAGUCCGACGUAUGGUCGUACGGUAUUCUGUUGUGGGAAAUCAUGACGCUGGGCGGCACGCCUUACCCGUCCGUGCCGUCGGUCGAAAAACUAUUCCAGCUACUUAGAACCGGACACCGAAUGGAAAAGCCGCCUUGCUGCUCGAUCGAAAUAUAUAUGCUCAUGAGGGACUGUUGGAGUUACCAGCCGAAGGAGAGGCCGACGUUCGUGGAAUUGGUCGAAGAUCUCGAUAGAAUAUUGACCAUUACCGCGAACGAGGAAUACCUGGAUCUUGGUCUACCCCAGCUGGACACACCACCGUCCAGCCAAGAAUCCAGCGCGACGGAAGAGGAAGGCGAAGAGAAAUUCCCAAACCUGCUGUGAACGUGUUAAUUACCGCGACUUAACGAGGAAGUCGCGAAGACGAGUCGAAGCACGAAGUAAUCCAAGAAAGACUCGCAAGCGCGAUUGAGGAAAAGCCCACAGGCAUGCAUCUAUCUUCGCAUCCGGAAGCGAGCGAGUCGAAUGGACGCGAUAAAGAGAAAAAAAUAAAAAGAGACGAAGAGCGAGAGAGAGAGAGAGAGAGAGAGAGAGAGAGAGAGAGAGAAGCGCAAGUUUACGCGUGAAAGAUGAUAUCGACUGAAACAAGCUGAACACGCCAAAUAACAUAAAUCAGUAUUGACCUGUAGCGCGUAUUUUUCACGUAGAAUUAAGGAAGAGCGCGUUGAUCGUAGAUCGGUAGCGUACUAUAUCGCUCACGCGCGAGAGAGAACGAGAAAAAGAGGAUACCUGAUAAACCGGACAUUCUGUAUUACAUUAUUUUUCUACGUGGAUCGACACACGCUACGCGUUUAAGAUUAAGGGGGAACAUAUGUCUACCCAGUAAACAAGAAAUCAUUGACAGAACGUUAUUGCGAGGAUACUCAAUAGCGUUUUUAGUAUGUAGUUUCAAACGUUGUAUAUCAGCGUCGUUGCAAGUACAGCUUCAAUAUUUUUUAAACAUUUUUGCAAUGUUUGAAGAGAUCAUACUCUCAGUAGUGUCUGUGAAAUACUUUUAAAAUAACAAACGAAAACGCGUUCAAGACAUACAUAUAAAAUCGAUAUUUCAAUCUGUUGGUCCAAUGUUCUUUGCUUACUGGGUAGGUACUGAAAGUGAGGGUCACUUGCCUUUUAGUGUGUAGAACGAAUACAUGGUGAAUUUCACAGGUACAUCGGUUUAGUAGAUUUUCGGAGAAUCAAGGAUUUUUCGAGAAAAUUCGAGAGAUUAAGAAAUCGAUCGUUACGACCCCUCUGAAACGUAUGUUCCCUCUUAAAACAGGAGGGACGGAGCAGCGCGCGGGAGCCGAGAGGAGGAGGAGGAGGCCGGUCCUCCUCAACGGCCGGGCGCGCUGAAGCGGAUUCCUAGAUCGCCUGUACGGAUCUAUAGGUAUUCGUAGGUGUAAUAAUUGUGCCAUGAAGCAGUGCCUUGCGGUGGGAGCGCGCUCGCGAGCUUCUGCUCGCGAACGGAGAGGUGAAUCGUUGUAAGUGUCGUGUGCGUCGCGUACACACGCCGGAUCGACGGCGGAGAUCCUCGCGCGCGAAAAUGAUACCGAGAGCGGGCAUGAUGUUGCGUUUUGUAACUAGUCAACUGUGUUUGUAACUAGGAAGCCUGUACGUUUUCUCUGUAUUAUAGUAGCUGAUAGAUAUUCUUAGUGUUUUUACGCGGCUAGAGUGUUAGGCGGACAACGACAAUGUAGAUUUUGUAUCGCGGCCAGCAGCGUGUUCUGUGUAGCAAUUUUGUAAAAAAAGGAAAAAAAUAAGAAAAACGAGGAAAACACGAAGGGGAAAAUCGAACUGAAUACACACAAGAGAUCGAGCGCGAGAGACGAGUUACCUAGCCAACACGGUGGAAUAUUUUUUUUUAAAUUUUUUAGACGAAUCGAACAUGAAACAGACGAAAAGAAGAUGGAAUAUUAGGCUUUUCAAAUAUAUAUUCCUAUUGUCAUUUAAAAAUAAGAAAAUAAAUAAUACCGCAAUAUCAGUGGUCGUUUGUAGAAGCCGUCAAGUUUCUCGCCAUCUGAGCGACUUGUCUCGCGAAACUGUUUAACCGACCAACUUCUAUUUUUGAACAUGUGUUCAACACAUUCGUUUCUCGAUAUGAUUGGAACUAUGAGUUUCUCAAUAUGUCGAACAUUUCUAUUCUUUUCAAUCCGAGAGAGCCAAAGGAAGAGUAGUGAAACUCACGCUAAGCUUUAGCCAGCUUCCAUUUUGUCGAAGAGCGUUUUAAAAAGUAAUCCUAACUUCAGCGAUAACCACACUUGUAACAGUUAAAAAAAAACUUUACUCGUUUAUUUCAAGCCAGUAUAAGGGCCGUGGCAUACAGAAAAACUUAAGCAGUAAGACGUACACAGUAAACAAAUUGACCAAUCACAGUCGUUGAUUCUUCUUACAAUCCAACAAUCAAUGACUGUGAUUGGUCAAUUUGCUUACUGCUUAAGUUUUUUUGUGUGUCAUGGCCCUUAGAGUCACAGAGUGUGGGACAAAUUGCUCAAACGGCAAGGAAUUUUAUACUAAAAAAAAAGAAAUAUUUGAGAGCUUAUUUAUACAAAAAGCCUAUUUCUGUUAAAUAAAGUUUAUUUCUGUGGAUAAACUUUAUAUCCCACAAAUAAAUUUGCAAACAGAUUUACUUCUCAGUAUAAACCACUGUUUAAUAUUGUGGCAUUAUUUUAUUAUUUUCUUAUUUUUCAAUGUGGGAAUAGAAACAUGUAUUUAAAACGCAAUAUACAAAAUAUCUAUUUUAUAUAUUGUCGAUUCAUUUUGUUUUGUCGAUUCAUCUAAAAGGAAUUUCGCAAAUUGGCCUCAUAAAUAGCUUUGUAAGAUAGGAUAUUUUUUUAAUGGUGUUUUAAUGAGAUAUUACGCAUUAAUGACGUCACACUAGCGUCAUUAAUACGUUAUUAUGUUUGCUGGGAAAGAAAGUCUUUCUCGCGCGCGUUGAGGCGAGAAACAGAAGAUCGGCGUUGCUUGACGAGAAAAGGAGGUCCAAAGUGUCGAGAGUAUCGCUGUAAGUCCUUUAGUAGUUGUACCGAUAUCGAUUGCGAUAAGUGUAUAAACGGGGAAGAGGUGCUUAGCGAUAGAUAAUUUAUUUUUCGUAUUAUCGAUGUAAUGUCUCGAGUAUAAUAGAUAUAUUUGAGGAUCCUUUUCUCGUUUCUUCUUCUUCUUUUUUACGUAAGCCUAAGACAAGCUGCGCGAGCGGCACUCUUGUAAAAAGUAACAAUAAUGGAUUGCGCGUUAGUACGUAGCCGGAUAAUCUGAAGACGAUGUCUGUACAUAUUGACGUUUAUUUAAAGAUUAUUUGUUAUACUCACACAGCAUCCAAACACACAAACAAAUUAGUAAAUGAGCAUUUACCUAAGGUACGUAAGAGCGUAAUGUAUAGAUUGUGUAAAGGAUCAUUAUUGCAACGCGAGUUUGUCGCCUCCAAUAAAUUGAUCGACAUAUAUUAAAAUAA